AACAUCUGCAUGAUUGUGUGCAUGUGCAUCAUCACCAGAGGGCGCAUGCACUGGACGUGAGGACUGCUGUACUGAUCCAUUACAAUAAUACGGACAUGUCUUUAUUCUGUACCAUUGAACUCGGGAAGACAGUAUAGACUAUAGAUCUUGCAGUAACCAGCACAUGGAUGUUUUCGUCUGAAUGCAGCGCUCGUGCUGCGUGCUAAUCACAUGCAUCUGUGUUCCUUCUGCAAUACACGAGAAAGACCAGGAAGCCAAAGGACUCCAUACAGGAUUAAUGUCCAAUACAAAACACCGUGUAUGAGUGUUAUUUUAUAGCUCCACUGAAGGCCAGUCCAGAUGGCUUUCAUGUCCAGACUGUCCCGGUCACGGAGUAAUUCCAGAUCUCCCAGCAGAAAGGACUCAGAGAAAGGCUGUCCUGUACUAACUGUUGCUGAACUAGAGCGUCUGUUGUACACUGGGAAAACCGCCUGUAAUCAUGCAGAUGAAGUGUGGCCAAGACUCUACAUAGGUGACCAAGAAAUUGCCUCAAACCGCAAAGAACUCAUCAAGCUUGGGAUCACGCACAUCCUCAACUGUGCUCAGAGCAAAUGGAGAGGUGGUGCAGAGUGUUACGCUGGCAUGAACAUCACGUAUCACGGCAUUGAAGCCCACGACUCGCCCUCCUUCGACAUGAGUGUCAACUUCUACCCAGCGGCCGAGUUCAUUCACAGAGCCCUUAGUACUGGAGGUCAGUUCAUAAGCGGCCUUUUUCUUUCAACCUGA